AUGGCGGCUUUCAACGAGGACGAUAUAUUCGACGACGACGGCGGAAUCGGCGACGAGCUCGCGUUCAUGAGCGCGGACGAUAUCAUUCGCCGAUCUAGGUUGCUCGAUAACGAGAUUCGCGUGCUCAAGGACGAGUCGCAGCGCGUGCAUCUGGAGCAUGAGUCUAUGAAGGAGAAGAUCAAGGAGAAUCAGGAGAAGAUUAAACUCAACAAGCAGCUGCCAUACCUUGUUGGAAACGUCGUCGAGGUGCUAGACGUGAAUCCCGAGGACGAAAGUCCCGAGGACGGCGCGAAUCUGGACCUGGAUUCUCUACGCAAGGGCAAGUGCGUGGUGCUCAAGACGUCCACGCGCCAAACCAUCUUCCUGCCCGUCGUGGGCCUCGUGGACGCGGACGCGCUGAAGCCGGGCGACCUGGUGGGCGUGAACAAGGACAGCUACCUCAUUCUUGACACGCUGCCUGCUGAGUAUGACUCGCGUGUGAAGGCCAUGGAGGUGGACGAGAAGCCGACCGAAGAUUACAGUGAUAUCGGAGGGCUGGACAAGCAGAUUCAAGAGCUAGUCGAAGCGGUGGUGCUGCCAAUGACCCACAAGGAGCGGUUUGCCUCCCUAGGCAUCAAGCCGCCCAAGGGAGUGCUGCUGUACGGCCCCCCCGGCACCGGCAAGACGCUCAUUGCCAGGGCGUGUGCCGCUCAGACCAACGCCACGUUCCUUAAGCUCGCAGGGCCGCAGCUCGUUCAGAUGUUCAUAGGAGAUGGUGCAAAGCUGGUGAGGGAUGCUUUCCAGCUGGCCAAGGAGAAGUCCCCGUGCAUCAUUUUCAUUGAUGAGAUUGACGCCAUCGGCACCAAGCGCUUCGACAGUGAAGUGAGUGGGGAUCGUGAGGUGCAGAGAACGAUGCUGGAGCUUCUGAGUCAGCUGGAUGGCUUCAGCAGCGAUGACAGAAUCAAGGUGGUGGCAGCCACCAACCGAGCUGACAUCCUGGACCCGGCUCUCAUGCGCUCGGGGCGGCUGGACAGGAAGAUUGAGUUCCCUCACCCCACCGAGGAGGCCCGGGCUCGCAUCCUGCAGAUCCACUCACGGAAAAUGAACGUACACCCGGAUGUGAAUUUCGAGGAGCUGGCGCGGUCAACAGACGAUUUCAACGGAGCUCAACUCAAGGCCGUCUGUGUAGAGGCCGGCAUGCUUGCACUGCGCCGCGAUGCCACUGAGGUGACACAUGAGGACUUCAAUGAAGGAAUUAUUCAGGUGCAGGCCAAGAAAAAGGCCAGCCUCAACUACUAUGCAUAA